AUGUUCUGGGACUUUGUGUUUCCUCCACGAGCCGUGCAUGGUAUGUCCCUCAUAGGGCUACAAGCCAGAGCUCAAACAAGUCCCAAGAACGGUCAGUCCGUGCAUUUUUAGACGUUUGUAAUGAUUAUCUGAAGUUUUACUCCAACAAAUCUGCAGGUUUUGCUUCACUCGGUCAUCUGCCUCCGUUCGGCACGACCCCAACAAAACGCCUUUUCGGUCGUCACCAAGUUCAGUUUCACACAAAAUAUCCGUUUACUCAGUGA